AAGAGUUACCGCCCGUUUAGGAAAAUUUGCCAAAAUAUUAAAUAACAAUAUUUAAGUCAUAUUGCAAGAAUAUUUGAGAAUAAUUGCCGAAGUAUCAGUGUUUUGUGGUUUAUAAAAAAGGAAUAUUUGAUUUUGCGUUAAAAACCUGAUAUUAUAUACAGGAAGCAAUGAUUUCUUAUCCAUGGGGAAUGCAUGAUACCUGCCAUAGACAAUGUUAAAAAAGAUUUUUGGCGGUCAACAAAAAACAAAAACAGAGGAGUUGUAAUGGCAUACCUUUUGGUUUGCGUUCGUCAGCAAACAGACAUUCUACAUCACGGCAUAUACAGUCGUGAUUUGUCGCCAGUUAAGUUUGACACACAUGCAGUGGGAAUAGCCCUCCGUAUUGAUCCCUGCUUUAACUCUACCCAAUAUUUUGUGAUUUGCUGUGACAAUUUUCAUGCACAUCCUACCUCUUAUAAAAACAAUCAAGCAAAAUGUACAAGCCAAAUGCCGAAAUUGUCUUUCAUUCAUCUUGAUAUUGAAUAUGUCAUCAAUGCUCAUCUUCCGGCAGACGUAGCUUAUCACAGUUUCCAAGCUUUCAGUACCUCAAAACAUUUCAGGAAAAGUUUUAUGCAUUAUUUACGGACAACUUUACACUGGCAAGAUUUACGUGACAAACGUUGCUUGUGUAGAGAGUUGUAUACAUCUUGCACGCAUGGUGUGACUUUACCUAGGUCAAUUCAGAUAGUCAUAGAACCACCAGCUGUGAAAGUCUGCAAGGCAUGGUGUCACAGACUAGAGGGAUUGGUGAAGAAGCGUGAGUUUUUGGAAGAAACAAUGGCGUGGUUGUCAACCCUGGGUGGUGGAUACUCGUCUUUAGGAGACUAUUUUAGACACUUUUCAGUGAGGGCUGGUGAGAUUUCCAUUCAACAGUUCAGGAUAGCGCUGGAGAUGGGUGACCCAGUGAUGGUCUCAAAGUGCCGUCUGUUUUACGCUCAAAGCCUCAUGCAGCUUGGUCCUCUAAGGAUGAGCAAACUUAUGAUCAGGCAAGAGUUUCACACAGCUCGGUAUGUUCUGAAAGACCAGAAGCUGGUGGACAUGUGCAAAGGGAUGUGGAGUAAGUUACAGUUCUGUUACGCCAAGAAGAGAGUCAAGCCCACCUCAUCCUCUGAUGUACAUAAUGGAGUGACCCUGGCGAGAUGAAUCCAAGAAUACCUCUGAAACUAGUUAGAACUAUGCAGAUGCUAGGAAUUAGCUUUUAAAGCAAGCAUUGAGUUAGAAACUAUUUUUUCUAUCUCAUAGGAAUGUUAAUCAGAUGCUAUGUUUUUACAUUUAACCUCUAUAUAGAGUUAUUUUGUUUACAUAGUGCAUUUAUCUGGUGUGUUAUUAUAGUUAGAAUGUUGCUGUGUAGCAGCAAAAAUUUGAUUAUGUGCCAAAGUUAUGCUUUGUUUAUUACCUUUUUUUAUGUGCAAACAAUAUCAGAAGUACCUGCUUCCCUAUUAGUGUAAGUUUCUUAGGUUACUGUUCAUUUGUUCAAGAAACGUGCUUUGUAAAUUGAGAUUUAUAAUACUGCACAGUCAUUUUAAUUGCAAAUAUAAUUUUUACAUUUGUUGAACUACUUAUGUCCUUUCCAAUGAGUGAUCUAUUCCCAGUAUUGCCACUUAUUGCUUAAGUAUUCAGCGUUGUUGUUUUAAUGAAAUAUAGUGUUCUUUAUUGCCUAAACCAUAUUUAAAGAGUUUGGGAUGUUUUAAGUCAGAGUGAUCUUUUGAUGACUUGUUGACCGUAAUAUUAUUUAUAUGAAAAUUUUAAAUACUACAAAAACAUAAGGUACACAAAGACUAAAGAAAUAAAGGAAAAUGCAAAUAAUAACAUAUCCUGAAAUUUCUUACAUGUUCAUGUUCAGCACAACCAUAAAUUGCUCAAUCAAAACACUUUUAUCAAAGUCUUCUAUUUAAUACUAAUAUUUAAUUUGAUUUAAAUGUAUCGUUGUUUUGAAUGCGUUCACAACAUAUUUUUGUUAUGUUUUUUGUUAUGGAGUUUAUUGAAAUCAUUAUGAUGGUAUCAGAAUUAUACAUGCAUAUGACAUUAAAGUUGGUGUCAUGUAAAAAAAUACGAUAAAGGUUUAAUGAUACCUGUUUACAGAUGACUGUGAAAUUUUAAAGGCAAAACCACUUCUCUAAAUUUUUAACUUUUAUGAAUUUAUGAACUGAAGUUUGAACAUACAUGAUUUUCUUUAAAAUUCCAGUUUUAGUUAGUUGACAACAUUUAUUUUAAAACUAAAGAAACAUCUUAAAAUGAGUUUCAUAAUCUUUAUUGGCAAUAAUACUUACUACAUAUAUGAAACAUUUUUAAAAUAUAUGGGUGUAUUAUGUUUUAAAUAUGAAUUACAAAAAAGCGUAUACUGAGCAGCAUUUAUGUAAAAGACAUGUAUUUGGAGUAGUUUUGAAUAAAUAAAAUAGACAUGUUUGAAGUUUGUUUUUCCAAGUGUGUCUGCAUAAUGUUUUGAUAUGGUGCUGGAAAGUUUUCAAGUUUAUAAUUUCAUGCACAUAUCUGAAUUGUUCAUCCCACAUUACCAGCUUACAAUUUUGCUGCACAACUGAAGAAAAGGUCAAUAAAAUUUAGUUAUUGAAAAUCAUGUUUUAAAGUUGAGUAUGAUUUUGCAUUUUAUGGAUAUUAAAGAACGAUUUAGAUUUGUUUGAAAGUUUUAUUUAUUUCAUGAAUGAACCUGGUGUAUUCAGCAAAUUUUACAUUUUUUAUAUGAAAAAAUCUUCCACUAAGUGUAGGUUAUUGCAGUAAUGACCAAAGGCUUGGAUAACUUUGGAAUAAAACAAAACGGGUCAUGGCCAAGACAGUUUGAUCACAAGCAUGGGAAUGACAAACUGUUAGUUAUUUCUGAAAAAGCAAACACUUAGUUGUUAAGGAUAUCAAUUAUGCCACAAUGUUGCAAAUGAUUUGUGUUUUAAAAUACAAAUGUAUAUAUUCUAAACAUAAUUAAAGAUAACUUUGAUAUUUUUCUACUAUAAGCAAUAACGUUAUUUGGUUGAUUUAGCGUCAGCAUGCUACAUAGAACAUGGCCCAAUUCUUUGGUUGAUGUAGUGUCAGCCAGCUACAUAGAACAUGUCUCAGUUAUUUCGUUGAUGUAGUUUCAGCCAGCUACAUAGAACAUGGCCCGAUUCUUUGGUUGAUGUACAUGUAGCAUCAGCCAGCUACAUAGAACAUGGCCCAAUUCUUUGGUUGAUGCACAUGUAGCAUCAGCCAGCUACAUAGAACAUGGCCCAAGUCUUUGGGUGAUGUAACGUCAGUCUGCUACAUAGAACAUGGCCCAUUUCUUUGGUUGUUGUAGCGUAAGCCAGCUACAUAGAACAUGGCCCAAUUCUUUGGUGUAUGUAACGUCAGCCAGCUACAUAGAACAUGGCCCAAUUCUUUGGUUGAUGUAGCGUCAGCCAGCUACAUAGAACAUGGCCCAGUUAUUUGGUUGAUGUUGCAUCAGCCAGCUACAUAGAACAUGGCCCAAUUCUUUGGUUAUUGUAGCGUCAGCCAGCUACGUAGAACACAACCCAGUUAUUUGUUGAUGUAGUGUCAGCCAGCUAUGAACCACAUGACCCAGUUGUUAAGAAAUGUACAAGCCAACUUUGCUUAGGAUCUGUUAACUGAAGAUAUACUUGUAAAGUGUUUUGUUUAAAGGAAAAAAAAUCUAGUCAGAAAGUGUGGGAAAUUACACAGAACUAUAAAUCUCAAGUCUUUGGAAUCAUCCAUCAGUAGUACACAUGGAAUGAUUUCAUGUAAAUUUCUUGAUCAGGCCAGCAGGGUAUACUGUAAAUAACAUAAAUAUUAUUAGUGUUAAUGUGCACAUGUGAAGUAUCAAGCCAAUCGGUCAAUUUGUUGACCAAAUAUUGAUUUGAAAUUAUUUUCACACAUAUUGUGACAGUAACCUUGACCUUUGACCUAGUGACCCCAAUUUCAAUAAAGGUCAUCUACUGUUCAAUGCCUAUGCACAUGGGAAGUGUCAAGCCAAUCGGUCAAUAAGUUGACGAGUUAUUAAUCUGAAACGAUUUUUACAAUUAUUGUGACCUUGUGACCCCAACAAAUAGGGGUCAUCUACUGUGCAAGGCCAGUGCACAUGUAAAGUAUCAAGCCAAUCAAUCAAUUCAUUAACAAGUUAUUGAUCGGAAAAGAUUUUCACACUUGUUGUGACAGUGACAUUGACCCAAAUUUCAAUAGGGGUCAUCUACUGUCCAAGGCCAAUGCACAUUUUUAGUACUAGUAUCAAGCUAAUUGGUCGAUUCGUUUAUGAGUUAUUGAUCGGAAACAAUUUUUAUGCUUAUUGUGACAGUGAUCUUUGACUCCAAUUUCAAUAGGUGUCAUCUUCUGUCCAAGGCCAAUGCACAUGUGAAGUAUCAAACCAAUCGGUCAAUUUGUUGAUGAGUUAUGCAUCGGAAACGACCUGGUUUACCGACAGACCGCAAAACAAUAUACCCCCUCUUUUUCGAAGGGGGGCAUAAUUACAUUGUUCUUGUAGCAAUGCUGCAUUGUAACUUUUAUUAAAUGCAAUUCAAGAUUUACUUAGCUUUAGUCUACUUUUCACAACCAAAUAUUUCCUGAUGCUCAAUUUUAUUGCUGAUGCAUAUGUAGAUUUAGUUAAAAUCAAUAACGUUACAAUUAAAGUUACAAAAACAAAUAUGCUUGUUGUUAUAAGAUAAUUCAUAAUAAAUGCUGUAUUAUAUAGUUAUUGUUUUACAAGUUUGUAAAAAAAACAUGUUGAAAUAUUUGGGAAAUAAAUUCAUUUUGUAUUCUAUUA